AUGUCGCGCCCCGAAGAUAUUCUACCGCCCGACCUCUUUUAUAAUGACAUCGAAUCGCGCAAGUACACAACCUCGUCGCGAAUCCAGAAGAUUCAAUCCACAAUGACCCACCGCGCCCUGUCCCUCCUCGCGCUAUCCUCGCCUUCGAUGAUUCUCGACGUCGGCUGUGGUUCUGGUCUCUCGGGCGAAAUCUUGUCGCAAACGGCCGAGCAAGGAACACCAGGAGGCCCCCAUGUAUGGAUCGGCUACGAUAUCAGCGCAUCAAUGCUGGGUGUGGCCUUAGAGAAGGAGGUCGAGGGUGACUUGCUGCUGGCGGAUGCGGGGCAGGGUGUGCCCUUCCGGCCGGGAACCUUUGAUGCAGCAAUCAGCAUCAGUGCAGUACAAUGGCUAUGCAAUGCCGAGACGAGUGAAGAGAGCCCCACAGGAAGACUAUCGAGAUUCUUCAACCAGCUGUAUGCUUCUUUGAAGAGGGGCGGCAGAGCAGUCUGCCAGUUCUAUCCCAAGAACGAUACCCAGAAGAAAAUGGUGGCCCAGGCGGCCAUCAAAGCGGGCUUUGGUGCAGGUCUGCUGGAGGACGACAUGGGCACUAAGAACGCAAAGACAUACCUCGUGCUGACAGUCGGCGGAGGAGCUACCGACGGCGACAUCACGGGUGUAGUGAGGGGCAUGGAGGGCGUCGAUGUUGAAGAUGCACGAAGAAAAGCAAAGGGCAUGAAGAGGGGCGAGGAGAGAAAGGGCAGCAAGGCCUACAUCAUGAAGAAAAAGGAAAAGAUGGAAAAGCAAGGCAAGGUGGUCAAGUCCUCGUCCAAGUACACUGGCAGAAAGAGGAGAAUCCAAUUCUAG